AAUCUUAUUUUAUUUUCACUUAUGUUAAUUUCAGCUAUGCAUAAUAACUAAAUCAAUAUGGCGUUGCCAUCUGUCCAAACUAACUUUUUUAUAGCAACUCAAACUGUGCGUGAUGCCAUGAAUGAAGAUAAUAAAGGUGAUACAAAGAUUUCAUAUUGCAAGUACUUAAGUAGCAUUCUAUUUAUGGUUCAGACUCUGAAAGAUGAUGCGUGGAACAAGCAAGACAUGCAAAGUUUAUGUGAUGAUACUUCAAAGCUAUUAAAAUUGACACAGAAAUGUUUGGGAAGAGUUAUUGAUAUAUUUGAUGAACAAUCUCAAAAAAAAAAUGAAAAAGAAAUUUCUGAAUUAAAUAAUGAAACAUGUGAAACGACUGGUGGUUGUAGAGUUGAUAUACCAACAACACCACCUACACCAACAAUACCACAUACACCAACAACAUUUACCACUUCAUUAAAUUCAACAAAUUCCACUAUAGUUCAUGAGCUAUUAUGGUCAUCAUUACCGACACCACCUGGUUAUUCUUCAAACAUAAGAUUGCAAAAUACUCCUAAUCACUCAAUGUUUCAAGCUUAUCAAAGGCGAAAAACAUUACAUGGUAAAAAUACUAAGCAAAGGUCUGAUGCAGUGUCAUAUAAUUUGAGUUUAUUUCGUCAAGCAGCUGAAAAAAUGGCAAUUACACAGGCUAAAGAAAAAGCAUUCAAAGAGAAAUUAGCUGAACAGGUUCUCAGAUUAAAAGCAGAAGCAGAAAGAAGAUGCAGCAAACUUCAAAAACGAUCAAAAAUUGAUAAUGAAUUUCGUCAAAAUUUGCUGACAGAAAUAUUAGCAUUUGAACAUGAAGUGCAAUGGGCUAUUCAAUUUCGUGAUGCAUUUGUACUAAAUAAAGAAGAUCAUGUUGCUAUAGGAGCAGUUUUGAAACUUUUAUUGUUGCGUAAAGACCAUCCUCUUGGAAAAGCUCUUAUAAAACUGCAGACUUCUAUAUAUAACCAAAUUUAUCAAUUUGUCAAGGAAGAUCCCUUUGUUAAUGAAACCUUUCAACCAGACACCUGUAAUCAGAAUUCAACCUUAAAUAUUUAUGUUACUCAUCAAGCAAAAUUUCAGUCUUUUCUUAUUGAUGAUAAAAAUAAUAUUUCAGGAUCUAUUAGCUCAUCUGUUUCGUCUGAAAAUUUGUCAUCUGCCACAAAAGUCUCAAAUGAUUCAAAUUUUAUUGAUAGCGAUAAAAUAUCUUUCCUAGAGAAAGAAUUUGAAGAGCUUGAGAGUUCUAUGUUUUCCGAUUCAGACGAAGAACCAACAGAAAAUUACUGUGGCCUUAACAUUAAUAACUUGAAUAACCAACAUAAAGUUGAAGAUUCAUUAAAUGAUUCUGCCUUGAACAAUUCUAAAAUUAAAGCGAAUGAAAAUAUUUAUUUAUGUCCUCAAAAAAGUAUUGAUAGUAAUGACAGUAUAGAGACUGAAAACCAAUAUUAUUGUGUUGAACCUGAAAAUAGUUCAAUUUCAGCAAGUUUCAAAGUCAACAAUGAAAAGUAUGGUGACAUAUUACAUAAAACAACAAGUAACACUUAUGAAGUUCUUGAUAAUAAUCAAGAAGAAAACAUUUAUGAAGAGGUAACUUCAAAUAAUAAAUUUUCAAACAUGGACACUUACGAAGCAUUGAAUCCAAGUGUCAUAGAGAAUCAAGCUCACAUUUAUGAAAUUAUAUCAACGAAUCUAAAUGAAGACAAUGAAUUUUCAGUGGAUGAUGAUACAGCAAAAAUAUUUUCUCAUAUUGUUAAUGAUAUUUUAUUUAAUAUUGAUCGCCUAUACACUGUGAUUCUUUUGGCAUAUGAAACUCUUGACACUCCACUUGGGAGAGAUCAAGCAUAUGCCACACUUGAGAGUGUGUUAUUUGAACAAUUAUGGCACUGGGUUAUCAAACUUUUCAGAAAAGUUGAUUUUAAAAAAAUGUUAAAGUUGGAAUAUAUAAUGAAAACAAAAUCAGAAUAUAAACCAGAAGACAUGAUGAUUCGUGAAAAGUUUGCUCUUUCUGAUUCUUCAAACCCACCUUAUCAAGAAGCCAUUAAUGAAAUAAAGCUUCUUUCUGAAAUCACAAGCCCCCUAGAAAAAUUAGAAUGUGCAGUUCGUACAAUGAAAUGUGUAUGUACUUGUGUAGAAAAUUAUUAUUCAAACAAAGGGAAAACACCACCUAUACUUGGAUGCGAUGAUUUGUUGCCAAUUGUAUCUUACAUCAUUUUAAAAAGUGGAUUGCAUCAAAUAGUAGCUGAAUGUCAUGCUAUGCUUGAAUUUAUUCACGAUGGAUACUUAAUGGGUGAAGAAGGUUAUUGUUUGACUACACUACAAUCAGCAAUAUCCAGUCUACUUGCUUUAAAGUAGCAGCAUUAAUAAUUUUUAUCUUACGUAAUUCUUCAGAGUUUAUUUUUUUAUUAAAUUUCAAUAAUUCUAAAAUUGUAAAACUCUUUUUGAGUUUUUUUUUCCCUCUUGUUCUACAAUUUAGUUUUCUACCAUGCAAGUUUUUUUGAACUAUGCAAGUUUUUUUGAACUAUGCAAGUUUUUUUGAA